GCGCUCGUGCAGGCUACCGGUAGAUGAUGUGCGCUUCUCACUGACAGCAAGGGGCACUGUUCUACAGGUCGCAGGGCAUCCCAGUCUACUCAUCCAUAUCCUUUAACACCUUGGCGCCAAUGGAAAUACAUUCACAUCCAUUUGUGGCUCCCGGGGUAUGAUGCACGCUAAGCAGGUGAGCGCGCAUCAUACCCGGUAGCUAUAAGCAACCAGGUCCCCCGGCUAAUGCUGGACAUAGCCGAUUGGGCUGAUGUUCGACAUUAUCCCUUUAGUUGCAGUGAUCAAACUUGAUCGCCAAGUCUAAAUCAAAAGUAAAAAUUGCCGGUUAGCUCAGUGGUGCUGUUUGGGACCGCCGCUGUGAAAUCGCAGCAUCCCGAUCAGCUUGCAGGAGGUGAGGAGGAUGUUCAGACACAUGGUAGACCCCUCAAACAGGCAGGAGAGAAAGGUGAGCAAACAAAAGGCAGUCUUCUGAGGAGAAUCACUUGAGUAUAAAGAGAAACUAGAAUUUAGACCCAUUGUAAAGGGCAAUAGAAGCAAAAGCAAGCAAUAUUUUUAAUGAAGGGCAUGAACAGAAAUUGCUUCUCUUUUCAAAAAGUGACCAUGGCCUUUAAACAAAUAUUCUGGUGUUUUAAAGAGAUUAAGCUGUUGGGGCCGUGAAAAGCCUUGGUUCAGGAAGAGUCCGCUCCACCAGUCACUGAGUGACAAGACAUCUCUGGCCAGUGGUGAGCUGACGGGACAGGUCCUGCACAGGAGGAGAUUGGGGGGGGGAAUUUUAAUUCAUGUGUCAGCAACAUUUUUCAGAACACGAAUACCCACUUUAGUGGCAGCACCACCAUAGUUUACAGCCCUACUUACAAAAGCAAUUUCUUCUCCAUUCCUUCCAUUUUUUAUAGGAUAAGUGAUUCUGAUCUAACAUAACCACAUAUGUAUGGAAGCCAUGACGUUUGCCAAAAAAAAAAAGCCCAACUAGGAGUUAAGACUUGUUUACACCUGAACAACAAGUAGUAAGUGUUGGUUAGAAUUCACUAGGCACCUGCUGCCAUAGUCUUACCCCAUACGUGUCAUAGUAUAGCACUUAGAAUGUUCCAGAUCUAUGAUAAUAUGAUGUAUCUAAAUGGCUUAAACACAGCAGGCAAUGGCUGGCUGCUAGCAGACACAGGGCAAGGCCAGUAAACCGGGAGAUAAUGGCUUCACAGGCCCCUGGUAAGGAAGUGAAAUCUGAAGUAUAAAGACAACACAAAGGAGGAAGUAAGGGAUUUGUCUGUAGCACAAUAGUAAGGUUCCUAUAGCAGUGUCACGGGUGACAGGACGCGGCCUGGUGUCAUCAUAGAUAGCAGUGACUGGAGAUCUGGAGCAAUGGGGUUCUAAGAGGGAAUCCAGAGGCCUGCGCGGCCAGCCGGACACAUGUGCAGCCAAUCACCCUGCGGUACCGGGGUCAGAACACGGGGGGAGAGCAGCUUGCGCCGAGCCAUGGAGAGUACAGAGGAAUGGCGGCCGGCCAUUGACAUGUCGUCGAGGUUAACACAUGAGGAGUGGAUAGAAAUUGUGUUGAUGUCUGGUGAACGCAGUAACCGUGUAAUUGCAGCAGAUUUCAAUGCAAGACACCCUAUGAGACCACCCAUCUCCCAUGCUACAGUUAGCAAACAGCUUGCUAAGUUUCGUGAAACUGGUUCAGUGUUGAAUUUGCCAAAAUGUGGACGCAUGAAAUCUGUCACUAAUGAAGAAACAUCAGUGGCUUUCCUAUCUUCAUUCAACAAGAGCCUACAGCAUAGCACUCGCCGCAUGUCACUGGAGAGUGGCAUUAGUCGAACAUCCCUUCGGCAGAUAUUAGCUACUCACAAAUCUCACCCUUACAAACUCCAGCUACUGCAGCAUCUCAACGAGGAUGACCCAGAUCGGCGCACUGAAUUUUCAGAAUGGGCAAAACAAAAAUUGGAACAGGACCCUCAGUUUACGCAGAUGAUUUUGUUCAGUGAUGAGGCAAACUUUUAUGUGAAUGGUGAAGUUAACAAAUAAAACAACCGCUAUUGGUCUGACACUAACCCACAUUGGAUAGAUCCCUCCAAGACUGUUGGAACACAAAAAUUGAUGGUAUGGUGUGGUAUAUGGAGUACAA